AACGUUUGAUUUUAAAUAUGAAAACUUCAGCGCGCCGUCGUGGUGCGCUUUCGACGUUCUAGUGCACUAUAUAAGCAAGUGCAUCUAGAUGCGAUUUUCUUAGUGGAAGGAUUGUCAAGCAUUCGAUAUGAUUCGAUAGUUUGGCAUAGUCAGCUGAUGGCAAAAUGCAAUUACAUGUUUGCUGUGAUACACAAAAUUGAUUGUAUUUUGCCUGCGUAACCGUGAAAUUUCCCGAGAGUGAUCGGCUUACAAGUUACUCGUAUUUGAAUUUUUCAAAAGAGUUUAGAUAGACAUACAAGGACUUUUAUAUACAUACAGCUGGAGGGAUAUUAAAAGAACAAGAUGCCUCUAAGCGCAGACAUAUCAACAGCGCUCCAUUUAUUAGAGCAUGUUCAAGAAAGAGUGGAAGACUGUGAUGAUCCUAAGCUACAAAUGCAUACAACUCAAGACAUAAAAUCAUUGAUAUCUCUUUUGGAAGAUCCAGUAUUUCGCAGUAUAGUAACAAUCCAAGACUCUCUUAUUGAAUUAAACAAUCAGUUGGGACAACAUCCAUCUAUUAUCCCUGGAGAUUUUGACAUUAACAUCAGUGGGCAAUUGGAACUUUCUGUUCCAAGUACACCAGUGCAACCGCUUGGAUCAAAUGUGUACCAGGAUUUGUAUCAAGACAGCAGUGAACUGGAAGAUCAGAGAGUUCCUGUUGCACCAUUAGUGCAUAGCAGCAGCGAGGACACUAGUGCUCAGGUGACAAGUCCAAGUCUAGUUUCUGAAGUUAUGGGAAUGCCACCCAUUACAACAACAACAUAUGCUAAAGAAUUUAAGAAAGUUAUUGAGGCAGCAGCAAGAGGCCGGCAAAUAUUUACUGUGCAGCUGUACAAACCAGAGGGCACCAGUUUAGGAUUCAGUGUUGUUGGGCUACGUAGCAAGGAUAAAGGAGAACUUGGUAUAUUCCUGCAGGAGAUACAACCAAAUGGCAUAGCAGGGUGUGAUGGUCGAUUGGUAGAAGGAGAUCAGAUAUUGGCGAUAGAUGGACAGCCACUAGACUCGAACAUCUCUCAUGAGCAGGCAAUCUCGAUUCUUCAGAAGGCACGUGGUCUGGUUGAGUUGGUCGUAGCAAGAAGCGCCCAAGACGUUGGGAGCUCUUUGCCAACGGAUGAAUUAUCCGGAGCAUCGAGUUCGACAGCGGCCGCGGGAGCAGGUGUGUCCAUCAUCGGCGGCGUUGUCGGCGGGACAACGAACCAGGCGAGCUCCGACAAGGAUCAAUCGGUCUCAACCUCGUCCAUCGUUACACCAGCGGCCACCUCCAAGUCCAGUCAGCCAGCUAGCACAACCUCGGCAGCUACACCGACACCUACACCACCGACAUCGACCCCGGUACCUGGGGGCCUCGUUGUCGAAAGGAGCCCCUCCGCCGUCAGCGACGCCUCCAAGAGUGGCUCUGACAUGGUGCUGAACACGGAGUGGGCACAAGUUGAAGUAAUAAAUCUCAUCAACGAUGGCAGCGGUCUUGGAUUCGGAAUCGUUGGUGGACGAAGCACAGGUGUCGUCGUCAAAACGAUCCUUCCUGGGGGUGUCGCCGAUCGGGAUAAUCGGCUGCAGAGCGGGGACCAUAUAUUGCAAAUCGGAGAUGUCAAUCUGCGGGGAAUGGGAAGCGAACAGGUCGCGGCGGUUUUGCGACAAUCCGGCACACAUGUACGCCUUGUUGUCGCGCGACCUGUGGAGCCCACCUCGCCGGACUACCAGGCACUCGGCAGCCACGCUCCGAUCGUACCAACGAAGAUUCUGGGUGACCCCGAUGAGCUGGAUCGCCACUUGGUGCACAGCGUGCCGGAGACGUAUAACAUGCGCCACGUCCAGGGUGAUGCCACCUACGACAACGGCUACAUGUACUCUCAGGAAUCCGACGUUGAAAUGCACGCAAGACCGGGUCUCAUCAUGGACGUAGUACGCAAUCCAAUGCCAAUUGGAGCGAUGCCAGUGAUACCGACGGUUCCGGUGCAGAUUCCGGAACUUCCGGUCCUCACCAUGGACACCAUCGACGUUAAUUCACUGCCAGAAAUGGAACGUUUCACCGUUGAGCUUAAAAAGGACAUUUACGGUCUUGGGAUCACUAUUGCUGGAUACGUAUGCGAGAAAGAGGAACUGUCUGGUAUUUUCGUGAAGAGCAUCAGCGAGGGUAGCGCGGCGGACUUGAGCAACAAGAUCCAGAUAAACGACAGGAUAGUCGAGGUGGAUGGCCAUUCAUUACAGGGUUACUCGAAUCACGAAGCUGUAGAGGUGUUAAGACGCACCGGGCAAACAGUAGUUUUAUGCCUGGAGAGAUAUCUACGUGGACCAAAAUACGAACAGCUUCAACAAGCAAUCGCGGCCAGUGAACUGAGACCACCUCAACCAAGUUCUCCCUCUAUUACCAGCCUACCAAGUUUCCCCAUUAGCGCUGAUGGAGAAACAACCACUGAAAUAGAACCGGAAGGAGAAUCGCAUACAACUGUGGACAGUGCGGUUUUGCAGGAAGGAGGCGAACGCGAACGCGAAAGAGUCUCAGAGGAACUGGACGAUGCGGCCAACGUGGAAGCUUUAUUGAGCGACCCAUCUAGCGAGCUUACACCCCAAAUUCGAGCUGCUAUUAAGGCCAAAUGGCAGAAAAUCGUGGGUCCAGAUAUAGAGAUCGUGGUGGCACAGUUGAAAAAAUUCACAGAAGGUAGCGGUCUUGGAAUAAGCUUAGAAGGUACAGUCGACGUGGAGAACGGGCAGGAAGUGAGACCUCAUCAUUACAUAAGAUCGAUCCUUCCGGAAGGACCCGUGGGCCAGAAUGGAACACUACGUUCCGGGGACGAAUUGCUCGAGGUGAAUGGAUAUCGGUUGCUAGGCAUCAAUCAUAUGGAAGUAGUUAGCGUGCUCAAAGAAUUACCCAUCCAUGUUCGAAUGGUUUGUGGGAGGAACAUCGCCUCGCAGGAUCCUUUGUGCCCCAUCGACACUGCUCAACAUCAGGCUGCAUUCCAAACUAGAAGCAUUCUUGGGGGAUCCCUGCAAAAUCUUUUACCAACGAUGGAUCGUUUGGUUAAAGCCAAGUCCGAUGGUUCGUUAGCAUCAACAACGACUACAGCCACGGUUACGGAUGCUAGUUUGAACAAGAUGAAGUCGCGUUCCUUGGAACCGUUGACCGGCCUCGCGAUGUGGAGUUCCGAACCACAGAUCAUUGAACUGGUAAAGGGAGAACGGGGCCUUGGGUUCUCGAUAUUGGAUUAUCAGGAUCCAAUGAACCCCAACGAAACUGUGAUAGUAAUAAGAUCGCUGGUGCCUGGAGGCGUGGCUCAGGUGGACGGGCAAUUAAUACCUGGCGAUCGGCUUCUGUUCGUGAACGACAUAGCUCUGGAGAAUGCGACGCUCGAUCAAGCGGUGCAAGCGUUGAAGGGUGCACCAAAGGGCACCGUUCGCAUCGGUGUGGCCAAGCCGUUGCCCAUUCCAGACAGUAUUGUCCAGAGGGUGCCACCGAUUUGUCCCGUAAGGCGCAGCAAAAGCUUCCCCAACGAAAGCGAAACUACCGAUCAUGCAGCCGAGCUCGAAGAUUUCCUCUCUUCAAGAUCAGGAGUAACAGAACUGUCGAUGGACAAACCGGAAAGCGAGGAAGAAGACGAGCAUUGGAAGGACGCAUCUCCGCAUACACCAACCUGCAGUCCGACCAAGCGUCCCCCAAAAUCACUUCACGGUCUGAAAUCAUCGAAAACCGUGGAAGUGGAGGUUCACGAGUUCCAGGCCACCAGUCCUCUCCACGAAAAGGACGUGAUCAUCCUGGAGAGUGGUGCCACCCCGCCAAGUCGGAAGUUGGCUAUGAAAUACAGUCAGGACGUGGCUCCGAAGGUGAAAUUAAAGGAAGAAACUGAAUCGUCAAAGGAAAAAGUGCCUGAAACAGUAACUCAAUUGUCCAAACCAACCGAUCAACGUUCUGUCGCCGAACGAAGAAGAAGUUUAAGACGCAUGGACUCCGAAGACCGGAUGUCCACGUCCAGGGAGACCUUGAACAAGUCGGACCUGGCUGACAAAGGCGCGAGGAGGAAGAUCUUCAAGAAGAAAGACACGGAUCGCGAGAGGAGAUCUUUUAGAAGGAAGACCGAAGAAGCUGUCGAGUCGCCGGACGGUAGAGCGGAAGCAGAGGAUUCCAGGAAGAGAUGGGAGGUUGAAGAGGUCGUAACUAGAUCUAGGGAGGAGAGGAAGAGCCUCAGGGAGCAAGAGUGUAUCGACAGGGUGACCGAGUUCCUGACGAAGCACAGUGUCCUUUGCUAUUCCGAUUCAGCUCCAUGCAUUGUGCCGGAAGUCAACCCUCGCGAGACCCUACAACGUCCAUCCACUUUAAAAGAACCCGAAGAAACAUCUAGUCAAGUGCAACCAUCGGAAGAAUUGUCCAAAAAACUGAGCGAAGAUGGAAUUCAGAGGUUAAAGACGCCCGAUGAACCUGCGAAGACACCUUCCUCCAUCGAAUCUGAAAAACCUGUAGGUGGUACAGAGGACCCAAAGGCCUUGGUAACUAGCCCAGAGACAGAAACAGCACCGGUCAAACGAAAGAGUUCAAUGCGCAAGAAACCAGCCAUCUUCUCCAGGGAAUCUUCCAGGGAAUCUCUUUUGGACGACGCUAAAAAGGAGGUCAGAAUACAAGAAAACGUGGAGGAGAUUUUCUUUGAGGAUGUGAGCGAACAGGUGUCUGGGGUAUUGCCGGAAGUGCAGCUGGUGAAGGCGAGAAUCAUCACUGCGGAAGAAGCAGUGGCCAACAGAGUAGACGAGCCUCAGACUAGGAUCGAAAUCCACUCGCCACCGGAAGUGGCCACUGUUCCUGACUCUGUCAGAGUGAAAAGUGGCCGGGUACCUUCACCGGAAACUGUGAACAUGUCCCAUUUGCAGUUGGUCAGCCUGGCUAAGUCAACAUCCGAGAAUACCUUAGUCGAAACUGAUAAGAACGAAGAUAACAAAGUGUCGGUGAGAAAUAUCAAGACUGAGAUCCUGUUGGAUUUGUCCAAAGUCACGGACGUUAACGACGAGACGGAGAACUCUGUUGAUGAAGAGAGGAAGGAGCGGAGGUUGAGCAGGACAGGAAGCGAGGGCUCUAAGAGGGCUGCACUGAGGGCACAGGCAAAGCCGAAGGAACGGGAUGGAUUUAAGAUCGGAAGUUUGGCUCAACCCGACGAACCGCAACUGACGAUUCUUUUGGAAAAUGCCGCCAUUCAGAGGAGGAAGAAACUGACGGAGGGAAGAGAGGACAGCGUGGCUGGAGAACAGCAAACUAAAAGGCCAGAGGAGGCUAGCCCGAGGCUAGCGGACCAGCAAGUCGAGCUUCCUUCGAAGCUCCGCGAAGCUGAAGAUAAAGAAGAAGAACGAGAGCGAAAAGGAGAGGUAGGAGAUUAUGAGAGAAUCCCGUACCAACAGAAGCAUCCUCCGGAGGAAUCUUCGUUGAAACCCGAAGAAGACAGCCUAAUCAGCAAGGAGCAUUCCCUCGAGUAUCAAAGUCAAACGCUAGAGAGUCAAUCGGAUCGUCUGUUGCACGGAGUGCAGCUCUCCAAUUCGGUGGAGGAGUUGCUCAGGAGCGUACCGGACAGUUGGCCUGGUCAGUUGGAAAAAAGGCUCGAGGAAGCGGAGCGUAGCUUCAAGGAGACCCAGUAUUCGCCCAAGGAGAAGCUCGACGCCGAGACCCAGACCGAGCAAGAGACUAAAAGUACCCAGUGUAGCCCUGAACAGAGUAGGAUAAGUCCUUCGGAAGUCUCCAAGGACAGUCCGCUGCACGUGGUCAGAGGAUACUACCAGAGCCCUAGAAGAGAGGUACAGACUCAGACCCAGGGGGAGAGUAAAAGCGUCCAGUGUUGCCUGGACGAGUUAGGCAGUCUUUCCAAGACCCCAGACCUCGAAGACUCCUUCGACAGUCCGUCGAAAUCGGAGAAGGAAUCGAAGAGCAUCCAGUGCAUCCCUAAGGACUUUUCUAGCCCUGACAAAGACGAUCGAGAGAAAAGACUUCCGAGUCCGCGAAAAGAGGUCGAGGUACAGACCUACCAGGAAUCGAAAGCUAUCCAGUGCAGCGAUGACGAGCUUCUAGAAGCUGAUCAACUCGAAGACGACUACAGUGCGCGGGCAGUGGUUCCGAGCCAGAAGGCCGAGAGUUCAGCAUCUUCGAGUUCUGGAUCACCCUGCAAGUUCUCGGCUGUGGUGUUUGUCGAGGAACGGCUCGAUAUGACGGUCACACAGAGGGAUCACGAGGGGAACGUUAGCUGGUCGAAACAUUGGGGUCCAGAGAGGCUGGUGGAGAUCUUCAGGGAACCGAAAACCAGCCUCGGGCUGAGCAUCGUUGGUGGAAAGGUCGACCUGCACAAUGGCAGCUCUAGUAAAUCACAAAACAUAUCUGGGAUAUUCAUUAAGAACGUAAUACCGAACAGUCCGGCGGGAAGAACCGGUGAAUUGAAGAUCGGUGAUCGAAUAAUAGAGGUCGAUGGCGUGGACCUGCGACAUAGUACGCAUGAACGCGCAGUCGAGGUGAUACAAGCAGCCGGAAAUCCUGUUCGUCUUCUCGUCCAGUCUUUGGUGCACCUGAACAACGAGAACGACACGGAUGGCCAGGUGGACGAGGCAGGAAGAUUGACAAGGAAACACAGCGGUAGGAGCCGAUCCGGAGCACCCACGGGAUCUUUUGGACAGAGAACGUCUCCUGUCAGAUCCACCACGCCGGAAGCGACACAGGGUUCCGAAUACGGAGAUAAACAAAGUAGCUCGAGAUCAGAUUUCAGAAGGCAAAGUACAAGAGCCCCAGAUGGCGCUGGAUCCAGUACGCGAAGAUCCUCCAUGAAAAAGUCAAUUCGAAAGAAGGCGCCGUCACCGCCUACCAACCCCGGUAUUUUACGAGAAGUGAGCGAAGAGAAGGAGGACCACCAUGCCUCGAAACCGGAAGAACCCCCAAGACGGAAAUAUUCUUCGGAUGAGAGCUCGGAAGAAGACACGCGUGAGCUCGAGGGAAACGUUUACACGAAGGCUGGCGUGGAGAUCUCGAGAAAAAGUGCUGGAAACGUGAAGCGUAGCAAAGCGGAAAUCGAAGCGGAUCCUGAACAGGAAGACGAGUUCGGUUAUACGCACAUGAAAGUGCAAAAGAAAUACCAUUCGAUGGGACACAAAGUGUUGAUGGUCAAAGUGGAAAAGGACAGACGUGGUUUGGGUAUUUCGUUAGCAGGACACAAGGAUCGAAACCGGAUGGCAGUGUUCAUUUGUGGCCUUAAUCCAAGGGGUUCAGCUCACAAAGGGGGCGAGCUUGUUGUCGGCGAUGAAAUACUCGAGGUAAAUGGCCGCGUAUUACAAGGACGGUGCCAUUUGAACGCAUCCGCCAUGAUUAAAGGCAUGGCUGGUACGAUCUUCAAAAUUGUCGUUCUACGGAGGAGCGCGGCCCUUGACGAUAUCGCCGUGAAGCCAAUUGUUCAAUUUCCUCCAUCGCUGGAAGAGAACACGUUCAACCAGUACAAAGGUGUGCGGAAUAUACCGGUGAAAAAGGGUCAGUAUGGACUGGGCAUAAUGAUCAUUGAAGGAAAACACGCUGAGGUUGGCCAAGGUAUAUUCAUCUCCGAUAUACAAGAAGGCAGUGCUGCUGAACAGGCUGGCUUGCAAGUUGGUGAUAUGAUACUUGCUGUUAAUAUGGACUGUCUACUUGGUUCGACGUACGACGAGGCUACGAGUUUGUUGAAGAAAGCAGAAGGUGUAGUUACUCUAACAGUAUGCAAUCCUAAUCAAAGCAAAGUUGCAAAAGAAGAGGAAGACAGGGCAAAGGGCAUCGUUCCCGAGGAAGCACCACCAGCACCAGCACCCAAAGAGCCAGAAAAACCAAAAGAACCUGAACCACCAAAGGAUCCAAAGGAUUGCAAGAUUGAAACCGGAAAAGACACAACGAUAGAGUUCCAGAAAGAGAAGGACAAAGGCAUUGGAUUCGCCAUAACUGGUGGUUCUGACACACCAUUGAAAAAAGUGUUCAUCCUCGAAGUGUUUCCCGAUGGAGCAGCGGGGAAAGAUGGACGAUUACAGUCCGGAGAUGAAAUACUGGACAUGUGCAGCAAAAGUUUCAAGGAGAUCGAGCACGAUAAAGCUCACGCUACUGUUUUGAAACUCUCAGGAACCAUCACGAUGAUCGUGCAUCGGCAAGAGAAACCAGAAGAGGAAAUAGAAGUGGAGCUGCAAAAGAAGUCCGGGAAAGGAGCUGGUCUCUGUUUGACAGGAUAUAAAAGUGGAAAAGGAGCAUACGUGUCGGACUUGCUACCUGGUGGUAGCGCUUUGGAGUGUGGAAAGAUUUGCAAAGGGGAUCGAGUGGUAGCAGUCGGUGGAACGGAUGUUCGCGAAGCUCCUGUGGAAGACAUCGCGGUCCACGUGAAAGUUUCAAAUCCUGUGCAAUUGAAACUGGCUAGGUUCAAGUCCGCUAAACAAUGACAGGGUUCUGCAGGCGGAACUCUGAAAGCGGAUGUGAAAAGGACGAUACCCUUUAGACACCACGGUCUCUAGUGUGAUAUGACUAUACCAAAGUAACUAUAAAUAAUACAUAAACACUAUUUGCUAUUAAGUAUCGUGAUCCAAUCUCGCCAAUGCAACCCAAGCCGUAAUUUCUUAGCGAGUUUUUCAAGCCACGUGACAUCCUGGCACUCUAAAUCUAGGGAUUUUUCAGCGCCCUUUUCUAUAGCGAACACGGGCGAGAUGUCGUAAAUAAUCGUCGCUCGCAAAAGAUUCCGUCUGUCACGAUCAACAUCCGGCGAAUAGAUACAACAUUCACGUAAGACACGCGUACAUUUUAUGUAGAAUUAAUGAUACACAGAGUAUUUAUGCAGUUAGAUCUAUACAGAUUGUUUCGUACAAUCACGAAACAGCCUAUACAUUGUAAUAACCACGCGUUACGAUGAACGAUCUUAAAGAAAAAGAAGCUCUAACGAUAAGAUUCGAAGAGAAAAUAAAAGGAAAAAAGGAAUUUGCUAUACGUAGAGCCUCUUUCUCUCGUAAAUAUCGUGCCACCAUCUCUUCAUACAAAACAGAAAGAAUCUUGCUUGUACGAUUUCGUAUCCCUUACGUUUAAUCUAGACGAGUUUAGUAUUCUUAGGGAAACACUGAACGUGAGUUUCACGAUAAAAGAAGAGAUUUCAACCUUCUUUAGAAAAAGGAAAACGCGAUCGACUCGAAGGAUGAGAGGGCUUGUUGAUUGCGUGUAGUUCAAUUUAUCCUAUUAUCCUAGUCCUUAGCGUAGGUUUUCAAAAGGAAAUUAGAGGAGACGCGGAGAGCAGAGUUUAUUUAAUUAAUAAACUAGAAUCAUUAAUCUUGUAAACCAUGCAUUGGUCCAGAGGAUGGUCCAUUUUAAAUUAAAGUUUGGAGAAAUUUUAACAAGAAUUAAAAAGUAACCCUAAUUUAACUGAAAUUACCAUCUUAAUUUUUUUUAAUUGAGAAAUCUUUGAAAUGGGUCAUCCCAGAAAGCACCAUAAAAACUAGCUGUCCAUUGUUCGUUGCUUUUGAUUUCGAUACACGACAUCGAAUUGAGAUAUCGAGGCCAGGUUCAAGGUAACCAACGAAAUAGCGAGCGAAAUAGCGAAGAUCAAGAUUCGUAAUUGUUUUAUUCAAACACGUUGCAGAAACUGAAAGAUUGAUUGUAAAAUGGCGUAAACGUUUCGAAGAGUGAAUCCUUUUGUUCAUGAUCGAAUGUAACGAAUGAAUGAAUGCGAGAAAGGGAGAGAAUUUAGAAAAAAAAAAUGCUUAGAGCUAAUAUUUGCAGACUAAUUAGCAGGAGUACUUCCGGUACUCCAAACGCCUUCGAAAUUCGGGGAGCAAUACAAUCGAGCCACUUUUACAGUCAACGACUCGAAUUAUUAUUAUUAUUAUUAUUAUUAUUAUUAUUAUUAUUAAUUAUCAGUAUCGUCAUCAUUAUUAUUAUUAUUGUAAUUCUUGUUAUCGCAGACACUGUCAUUCUAGCGCGGCACUAUCGAAGGUUACGAGGUGAAAAUUGAUUAUAUAUUAUAUUAUAUAGCGCGGACAAAACAGAUCGAAAUCUAUUAAAAGCAUUUAUUGCAAAGUUCCA